AUGAUUUUUACGACUUUGGUCUCUGUACUUGCCAUUCCCGCUCUGGUUUCCGCUCAGAUCUAUGGACCUCCCCCAAGUUCUGGAACGACCACUUCUGCGGCCCCUGCUAGUGCUCCCUCAGCGCCCCCAGACACCCAAGGACAGAUGAACAUCAACGUUGCGUUCAAUGGCAAUUUCGUGUUCAAUCCGGCCAAUAUUACUGCGCCAGUUGGAACACUUGUGACGUUUUGGUUUCCGGGAGGUGAUAUUCCUCACUCCGUCACACAGUCGUCCUUCCAAGAGCCUUGCACAUAUCUUACGGCCAAUUCAUCUGCUGGUACUGGUGCUGGUUUUGAUUCAGGGCUCACAAAUGCGGUUCAGUUUACCAUCAACGUUACCGAUGACCAACCUCCUACGAACGGUUCAAAUACCUUCCAAGCCUUUCAAGCUGCUGCUUUGCAAAUUGGUUCUAAUGAAGUCACUCAAACCAGUGGUGGCCCUGUCACUGGAGGAGUCCAUGGAAUUGCUACUGCCACCCCCGCUGCAACUGGCACUAGUGGAUCGUCGUCCUCGUCUUCGUCGUCGUCGUCCUCAGAUUCUUCUUCAUCUUCGGCGAUCACAAAUGCUGCAAGCAUGGCUACCAUUUUGCUUGCUGUAGCUGUUGGUUUCUUUUUGGUUUAA